AUGUUUGUAAUACCCACGUGGUCUCAAAUGCGUGUAGUUAAAAUCAUACUUUCAUCCUUGCCUUCAACGUCGUCCAACGCUCAAUCGCUACCACUCAUUCAACCUCUUUUGAGUUUCCUCAAUGAAAAAAUUGAAGAGAAGUUUAAAUCAAACAGAGUGAAUGCAAUAAUUUCAGUUCGUCACUAUCUCGACAACGAAAAUGAUCCGAUGAUGCUGAGUAUCUGUGCCAGUCGAUAUCUUUGUAUACCAGCUAUUUCUACAGAGUCGGAGAGAAUGUUUAGCCAGGUUGGAUUGAUAACAUCAGAUAGGAGAGCAGCUCUAAAGGCUAAAAAUGUCAAUAAAUUACUAUUUUUAAACGAUAAUAAGUGGAUUAUUGACGAAUAAAGUUCUCUAUUGAAACGUU